UUCCUCCUCCAGCUAGCCGGCCAGCUCGUACUAAAUAAGAAACCAAACAAAAAAGCGUACCUUUCACCACAACUCUCAUCCCAACACCAACAACAAACCAGACAAAAAAACCAGACCUACCUCUCUCUCUCUACUCUUAACAAUUCAAAUCCAUACUCAAACCAAACCCCAUUAUAUAUUGAAUUUGAAAUCUCCAUUAUUUUUUGUAUCAUAGCUUCAUAACUCUAUAACCAUGCCACUUCUUCUUCUUCUUCAUCUUCUCCUUCAUUUUUUCACUUACUACAGUCUCUGCUUCUCUUCUCCACUACCUAAAACCCUCAUUCUACCUCUCAAAACCCAGACGCUCCCACAUGGGUCGAUCCCAAAACCCUCAAACAAGCUCUCAUUCCACCACAACGUCACCCUAACCAUCUCCCUCACAGUCGGGUCGCCCCCACAGAACGUUACCAUGGUCCUCGACACAGGCAGUGAACUCUCCUGGCUCCACUGUAAGAAAACCCCGACCCUCACCAACGUCUUCAAUCCACUCGCCUCCAAAUCCUACAUCCCCGUCUCCUGCUCCACCCCCACUUGCCGCACCCGGACCCGGGACCUAUCCAUACCCGUUUCCUGCGACCCGAAAAAGCUCUGCCACGCCAUUCUCUCCUACGCCGACGCAUCCUCCCUGGAAGGCAACCUCGCCUCCGACACUUUCCAACUCGGGUCUUCGGGUCAACCUGGGACCGUAUUCGGGUGCAUGGACUCCGGGUUCAGCUCCAACUCCGAAGAGGACGCCAAGACAACCGGGUUAAUGGGCAUGAACCGGGGAUCCUUAUCCUUCGUAACCCAAAUGGGCUUCCCGAGAUUCUCGUACUGCAUAUCGGGCCGUGACUCCUCCGGGGUCUUGCUCUUCGGCGACGCCAACUUCGCUUGGCUCGGCCCUUUAAACUACACGCCGUUAGUCCAAAUGUCGACGCCGUUACCGUACUUCGACCGGGUCGCGUACACGGUCCAGCUCGACGGGAUCCGGGUCGCCGGGAAAGUACUCCCCCUCCCGAAAUCCGCGUUCGUACCCGACCACACCGGGGCGGGUCAGACAAUGGUGGACUCGGGCACCCAGUUCACGUUUCUUCUCGGGCCCGUUUACACCGCUUUGAAAAACGAGUUCGUUCUCCAGACCAAACCGGUUCUGAAGCUCCUGGACGACCCGAACUUCGUUUUCCAAGGCGCGAUGGAUUUGUGUUUUCUGGUUCCGGUGAACCGGCCUGGUCUGCCGGUUCUGCCAGCUGUGACGAUGAUGUUUAAGGGAGCAGAGAUGAGCGUAACGGGGGAAAGGCUGCUGUAUCGGGUACCGGGAAUGGUGAGGGGGAAUAAUCAGGUGUAUUGCUUCACGUUCGGGAACUCCGACUUGCUGGGCGUAGAGGCGUUUGUGAUUGGUCACUAUCACCAGCAGAACGUGUGGAUGGAGUUUGAUCUGGUGAAGUCUAGGAUGGGAGUGGCCGAGGUUAGGUGUGAUCUCGCAAGUCAAAGGCUAGGUUUGGGUACCUAGGGAAGGUUAGGAGUAGAGGACACCCCAGCUGUGCGUGAUGUUACUGGCAACAUUUCGAGUGCCCAGCUAACGAGGUCUAUGUGCUGUAGUGCUCUAGAGUAUUGAAACUCUAUCGUCAUGAGUCGUUAGAUUAGCUCACUAUGCAGAACAUCUGCAAACAGUGACUGAUUUAAUGAUUCUGACUUGGACUAUAGAAUUUCAAUACUCCGAAACAGUAUCAACGAUAGGCACGUAUGAAUGGAGGUGGGUCACUGUUCAGGUUAGUGUGAGGUCAUGGAUGGACAGUUGGGUAAAUAUCAGAAUUUGGAUUUGAGCCUUCCAGUUGUUCUUUUUUACUGUAUCGUUUGAAAUAUUAUAUGGAAGAUUCUCUGAAUCUCUGUGGGUUUAAGGGUUGGUGGAGUAGAAGAGACUGGGGUUAUUUUAUUGGGGAGCAGGUGGGGUUUUGGGUCCAAGGAUGAUGACGUAGCAGAGAUCUGGGUCCAUUGUCAUGGAUUUCCAAAGCUUGAUGAAGGGUGCAGAGGCCAGAGGGUUGGGGGUCUAUGGAGAUUCAUGGAGCACGUGCACUGGGUUUUUGGUGGCUCUGUCGGAUCAGUGGUUGUGGUUCAGAUAGAAUCAUAUAACUUUUGAGAGCCGCAAUGGCACACAAUCAUGAAUCAUGUAGUAGCAGAAGCAUGGCUUGUGCUUAUUUAAAUGAACUAGCUUGUAGAUUUGUAAAUGAUCUCAUACAUCAAUUAAUGUUCAAUUCCAUUUCUCCCA